CGGCGGCGGCGGCGGAGGGGCGGCAGGCUGCAGGCUGGCAGCCCGCGGCGGGCUCCAGGUAACCGAAGUGCCGCGCAGUGCUGACUCGGCCGCCCGCCGCAGAGCCAUGGAAAUCGGCACCGAGAUCAGCCGCAAGAUCCGGAGUGCCAUUAAGGGGAAAUUGCAAGAAUUAGGAGCUUACGUGGAUGAAGAACUUCCUGAUUACAUUAUGGUGAUGGUGGCCAACAAGAAAAGUCAGGACCAAAUGACAGAGGACCUGUCCCUGUUUCUAGGGAACAACACAGUUCGAUUCACCGUAUGGCUCCAUGGUGUGUUAGAUAAGCUUCGCUCUGUUACAACUGAGCCCUCUAGUCUAAAGUCUCCUGACACCAGCAUCUUUGACAGUAACGUGCCUUCAAACAAGAGCAGUUUCAGUCGGGGAGAUGAGAGAAGGCACGAAGCUGCCGUCCCUCCCCUCACCGUUUCUAGCUCUAGACCUGAAAAAAGGGAUUCCAGAGUCUCUACAAGUUCACAGGAGCAGAGAGCCACUAAUGUCAGACAUUCAUACGAUGAUGGAGCUUCCACCCGGCUAAUGUCAACAGUGAAACCUCUGAGGGAGCCAGCACCCUCUGAGGAUGUGAUCGAUAUCAAGCCAGAACCAGAUGAUCUCAUUGAUGAAGACCUCAAUUUUGUUCAGGAGAAUCCCUUAUCUCAGAAAAAACCUACAGUGACACUUACAUACGGUUCUUCUCGGCCUUCUAUUGAAAUUUAUCGACCACCUGCAAGUAGAAAUGCAGACACUGGUACUCAUUUAAACAGGCUGCAACUUCAGCCGCAGCAAAGCAGUGCUCACGCUGCCAAGCAGCUGGAUGUGCAGAGCAGCCAGGUAUAUGAAGCAGGCCGUCUGUGUGAACCACCAGUGCUUAGCAGUGCAGAAGACACUUACAGCCCCUUCUUCAGAAACACCUUGGAUAAAAUGAGUGCUGAGGACGAAAACUGUCGCAAGAGAAAGUUGCCUGUGGUGAGUUCAGUUGUUAAAGUAAAAAGAUUUAGCCAUGAUGGAGAAGAGGAGGAGGAAGAUGAGGAUUAUGGCUCCCGGGUAGGAAGCUUGUCCAGCAGCGUGUCAGUACCAGCAAAGCCUGAGAGGAGACCUUCUCUUCCACCUUCUAAACAAGCCAACAAGAAUCUAAUUCUGAAGGCUAUCUCUGAAGCUCAGGAGUCGGUAACAAAGACAACGAACUACUCUGCAGUUCCACAAAAACAAACACUUCCAGUUGCUCCCAGAACGCGAGCUUCUCAAGAAGAAUUCCUAGCAGAGAUGGUCCAGGGGCAGAGCCGGGCCCCCAGGAUAGGUCCCCCUGUUAAAGAGGAUGAAGCCAAAGGAGAUGGUGCUGAAAAAAUUCAAGGAACUCAACAGAGGCAACUGUUAUCCCGACUGCAAAUUGAUCCAGUAAUGGUAGAAACAAUGGAGAUGAGUCCAGAUUACUAUGACAUGGAAUCCAUGGUCCAUGCAGACACAAGAUCAUUUAUUCUGAAGAAGCCAAAGCUGUCUGAGGAAAUAGUAGUGACACCAAACCAGGAGUCGGGGAUGAAGACUGCAGAUGCCCUGCGGGUACUUUCAGGACACCUUAUGCAGACACGAGAUCUUGUACAACCAGAUAAACCUGCAAGUCCCAAGUUUAUAGUGACGCUGGAUGGUGUCCCCAGCCCCCCAGGAUACAUGUCAGAUCAAGAGGAGGAGAUGUGCUUUGAAGGAAUGAAACCUGUAAACCAAACUGCAGCCUCAAACAAGGGACUCAGAGGUCUCCUCCACCCACAGCAGUUGCAUUUGAUGAGCAGGCAGCUUGAGGACCCAGAUGGUAGCUUUUCCAACGCUGAGAUGACUGACCUGAGUAUGGCACAGAAACCAGAAAAGCUUUUGGAGCGCUGCAAGUACUGGCCUGCAUGUAAAAAUGGGGAUGAGUGUGUGUACCAUCAUCCCGUUUCACCUUGCAAAGCCUUUCCCAAUUGUAAAUUUGCUGAAAAAUGUUUGUUUGUGCAUCCAAAUUGUAAAUAUGAUGCAAAGUGCACUAAGGCAGAUUGUCCCUUCACUCACAUGAGUAGAAGAAUCCCAGUACUGACUCCAAAACCAGCAGUCUCAUCGCCGGCGCCGUCCUCUAGUGGUCAGCUCUGCCGGUACUUCCCGGCUUGUAAGAAGAUGGAGUGUCCCUUCUACCACCCAAAACACUGUAGGUUUAAUACUCAGUGUACAAGACCAGACUGCACAUUUUAUCAUCCCACCAUUACUGUACCACCAAGACAUGCCUUGAAAUGGAUUCGACCUCAAACCAGUGAAUGAUGCCCUAAUCCUACCUGACAGAAGAUCAUGCAGUUUGUCUUCUGAUGAAAGAUGUUCUACAAAGCUUGUCACGUCUUUGAAUUUUAGAAUAUAUUGCUUUCAUAAUAUGAAUUUUAUUGCCUAACUGAAGUGUCUAAUUUUUCAAGUUUGUAAGUUUAUUAAGUGGUUUCAACAUUUUUUGUUUGUUCGUUUUAACUAUGAAGACAGUUUAAAGAAAAGCCGAAUUCUAUUAAAACAUUUGCGGCAUGUUUGUACAUUGCUGUUUCACGUCACUUUUGGUAGUGGUGCUGCAGCUCAGGGCUGUUGUGCCGUAGGAAGGCCGGUGGCCUCAGAGGAUCACUUUUUACUUUUCCCAAAGAUAAAGCAAUGUUUGUAACUCAGUGUGGAAACAAGAGUGGUCAAAACACUGAGGCAGCUUUGAGCAGCUGGUUUAAAUUCUCUUUUUAAUGUGUAAAAAGACAUUAAGUUUCCUCAUUUAAAUGCUUAAAAUGUUUGCUUUGAGAAGCAAAAUACAGUUUGAAUUCUGCUUUGGUAAAGUGGACUAAGGUCUUGUGCCUUCUGUGAAAGUUAAGUAGUGACAUGUUCAUAUGGGGUAAACGGAAUAACGAUGCAAAAACAUGAACAAUUCCUUGAAAUGCUUCCAUUUACUAUUAACUUAAAAUUUUUAAAUAAUUUUGGGAGAACAAAAUUAUACAAAAAUUUUUACAGUUAUUUACAGAAAGUAUCAGAAAACAGACUUUGGACUCUAUACAAGUAUAAAUAUACAUAUAUAUUCCCAUAUUCUGAAAAAUAUUGUCAGAAAUAACUCCACAGAAAAUAUACUUAAGUUACUACUAAAGAUCAUUCUUGAAAUGUAGAAGUUGAUAUUUUAGUGGCAUAUUUUAAAUGACAACUGUAGAAUUGCAGAGAUAGUAUGGGUAAACGUCACAACAGGAUGAAACUUGGCCUACUGUAUUACAGAGUUUUAUGUGUGUGGUUUUUUGAAACUGUUAAGGCAAGAAGUAUCAAAUGUUUUAGAACUAAAUAACACACAACGGAGAUUUGAUGUUUUAAAAAUUAAAGUGUAAGAGGUGGUUAGCAAAGAGGAUAAUAAAAGUUCAAACAUUUUCAGGACCAAAUUUAAACUGUUAAGAUACGUAAAGGAUGGAUAAUAAAGUCACGUCUAUAAAAGUCUGUGUUUAACAUUGUGAAGCCAGCCUUCUACUGUGGUCAUUCCUUCCCACUGAGAGAGAAAGCAUUAGCUAAUUAGUCAGCCAUUUGACAAGCUGGCCGUGACCAUGAAAGAUCAGAAAGAACAGAGGAGACAGGGCCUAAAGCUGCUUGCUGCAUAGGUUCAAGUGAAACAGCAGGUCUUCAUUCUCAAGUGCGUUGAAUUUAAGGCGUUCUAGCUUUGCAUCUCAGUGGGAGAAUUUUAAUUAUUACCUUCUCAGAAUGUGUGUAGGUGUGUUCUCACAACUGUCCAGUAAAGACCGAACU